CACAGCUUUGGAAAAAUAACAAAGAAGAUAAUUAAGAAUAAAUAUCUACUUGGCUGAGCUAUGAAAAUCAAAGCGUGGGUAAAGGUCUCGUGGGCAAAGUGGAAAUUAUUACAGGCGUCAUAUUGAAGUUGAAACUUGACGUCAUUCGUACCAUGAAUCAUAAAACAACCCUCGAAUCCGGCUAGGAGGAAGCCAUUCACAACGCAAGACAACAAUUCGGAGAUGUCUUCGGACGACCAAGCAACAGCUGGCGCGGACCCAGAACAAAUCCAAAAACUCCCAGAUGAAGACCGUCUCAAGCAAGCCGCGGAUUCGGCGCAGAAAGCGCUAGCCGCCCAUAGUACGGCACAGAGCCUAAUGAAUGCGGCGGAUGCCGUGAAGGACCCUAAGAAAAGGGAAAAGAUGCUCAAAGAUGCGUAUGAAAAGGAAAUCGAGGCACACGGAAAUAGCAAAAAAGCUCGAAUGCUCCAAAGCGGAGCCUUCCAAGGCGGAGUUGGUGGAGCUGGCAUUGGUGGAGCCGUAGGAGUUGGAGUAGGGACUGUCGUAGGAACUUUGGUAGGGGGAAUCACGGCGAUACCAACGACUGGACUCGGAGCGCUUGUAGGCAGUGGAGUCGGGGCUGUCCAUGGACCUUUCAUCAAACUCACAGGUGGCGACAAACAAAAAGGCGAACCCGAAGGCGAACAUCGUGAGGAGGGAUCCAACAACGAGGACCAGAAGGGCGAGAGAAACCAAGAGUUCGACCCAGAGGCAGAAGAUUCGGUGCCAGAUCCCGAAGCCUUGCGCAAGGUUGCCGACGCCGUCGCGCAGGCGAAGGCAGAAUCUGGACGCAACCAGGAGAAGGAAAACUCGGGUCCUCAGAGUACGACAAAAGCGAAGAAGAAACCUAGGAAGUUGGAGAUCAGGUCGAAUCAAAAGGCAUCACAGACGUGACAGAUGGAGUCUCGCAUAAAGCAUACGAAGCGGCAAUUACGAAGAAUGGCAUAAACACUCAAUGAGCAUCGCAUAGCAGGCACUACAUGUAUGAACUGCAUAGGAGCAACUUCUGGGUGAUUAUGUUUGGCUCGUAAAGAACAGUCUGGCGAAUUGCUCACUUUGACCAGCGGUUAGGGAGGUCUGCAGGUUUUGAAGCUCCCAUCAACCAAUUGGAUUUCUUUUUUCAUCUCGGCAUGCGAAAUCGAACAUGUUCAGCAUAUAUAGGUAUCGAGUAGGCAGGGCAUAAUAGCAUAUGUGUUUUUCUCUAUCAAAAACUUCUAAAUCUUGUUCUAUGUUCAUUGAUAAGGAUUAUUGUCAGAAAUAAGAAUGUUUGAUA